AUGGCUACUGGCAUCGAAACAGCCGGUGUCGUUCUGGCCCUUCUGCCAGUGCUGGUACACCAGAUCGGCAGCUAUGUCGAAGGGCUCCAGAUGUUAAAUCGCCUAAAAUGGGGGGUUUACCGGAGCUGGAUGGAACGCAACUACACCGCCUUAGAAAAUGAAAGGGCAAUCUUGCUCAAUACACUGCUGAUCGCUGUGGACGGAAUCACUUACUAUGGAUUUGGCGAUCAGACCAGCGAUUCCCCUGCCGAAUACUGGAAUAGCCCGGAGGUACGGUACCAGCUGAGGCGGAAGCUUGGAGAUACUAUUUAUGGCCAAUUCACGAACACAUUGGAAGUGCUACUAGGCCUGCUAGAUACGCUAACCGAGAAGUUGGGCUUGAGUGUUGACAGAACUGGAAGAAGUGUUCUCAAGAAAAUCCGACAUCUCUCCCUACACACCGUUUACGAUGACCUGAUCAAACAGAUCGCGUAUUACAGCGGCCAUCUACGGACCUUCGUGGCGCAAUGCAAUCAGAUUCGGGAAAUAAAUGCAAGAAGGACCGUAUUCCAAGAAACGCUACGGCAACACCAAAUAGACCGUCAAUUAGCAAGCAGCCUGCAUAAUGCGAUCAUUAACGGGAAUUAUUGGCCAUGUCUUUGCAAGCCUCAGCACAGACUUUACUUUAUGUUUGACUUCUCGAACUCCCCAUGGACAUGUGACCCGUCAAACCCACCGGACCCUAAAUCUCCAAUGAUGAAAUUGAAGAUGGAGGUCCUGAUUUUGGAGAACCCUAAUCGCUGGCACGAAGUCGAGGCGAAACCAGAUAAUCGUAGGUUCCCGCAGGAACUGUGUCGUGAUAGCCAUACUACAUCAAGCCAGCAAGGGCUAUCAAUUGAUGGAAACAUACCCAACAUCAGCUUCCCCCAAGGAAUUGCAAGUACCGAACAAGGAACCGUCAUUGGAGCCCAAGACCUGCCGGCCGCAGUUCAGAUCACCAAUAUGUGCGUUUCACUGUCAGCCGUCGGUAUCAACGAGAGCAAUGAGAUGCUUCUCGGGUACGUGACAGACACAAUGCACAGACUUAAUAUUUACCAUCUGCGAAGCAAUGCAGAGAGCGUACGGAACAUACAUUCAAAAUCUCUUGAAGAGCUAUUUGCAACACUGUCCUCCUCGCCUUCUGAUACUACUGUCCAAGAAACCUUUACGGUUCAAGACCGCUUGAAAAUCGCGGUAGAUCUUGCAUGUGCAGUUCUUCAGUUUCACGGGAGCUGGCUCAAAAGAGAGUGGAGAGCUCGAGACAUCUUGGUCUUCAAAGAUCCACGCGUCCCAAAACCUGAACCCGUACCCAAACCCGUACCCGUACCCUAUGUUGAGUGGGACCUGAAUAAUGAGCCCAGUCAGGUACAGGCGGGCACACCUUUUAUCCAUUUGGGGUUCGUACUGGUGGAGCUGUCUCAGUGUCAGACCCUGGAGGCGUUAAAGACAGGGGAAGAUCAUGAUGAAGUGCAGGUUGUGGCUAAUCGCAACACGGCGCUCCGCCUUCUACCAUUUGUGGAGGCGACAAGCGGGCAAAGCUAUCGCCAAGCGACAGAACAAUGCUUGAAUUGGCCGAAUUGUACACUUGACAACGAUAAUAUCUCCAAGGCAGUUCGGUCAAUUAUUGCGCCUCUAGUGGGAUACUGGAGGAUGCUCAAAGGGACAGAGCAUCCACACUGAGGGAGGUACAGAAGUG